CCGCUGCAGAGUCGCCUCAGUGAGCGCCAGAUCGCGCCGCUCGUCGUGCUGGUGUUCUGCGGUGCCAGUUCUCUUAGUCGGACCACCUCGCUCCACCACCGCCGCCGCCGUUCGCUGCCCGUCGCCCUGUACCACCGCCGCCAUCAUGUCGGGGGGACUCCUGAGCGCGCUGCAGAGCGACUCCUACGUGGAGCUCGGCUGGUACCGCGACCAGCACUUCCGAGGUAAAAUGGACGACCAGGAAAAGUUACUAAAGAAAAGCUGCACGCUGUACGUCGGCAACCUGUCCUUUUAUACCACGGAGGAACAGAUCUACGAACUCUUCAGCAAAAGCGGGGACAUCAAGAAGAUCAUCAUGGGCCUGGAUAAGGUGAAGAAGACGGCCUGCGGCUUCUGCUUCGUGGAGUACUACUGCCGCGCCGACGCCGAAAACGCCAUGCGCUACAUUAACGGGACUCGUCUGGACGACCGCAUCAUCCGCACGGACUGGGACGCGGGCUUCCGGGAGGGCCGCCAGUACGGCCGCGGCCGGUCCGGGGGCCAGGUGCGAGACGAGUACAGACAGGACUACGACGCCGGGAGAGGAGGCUACGGGAAGAUAGUGCAGAACCAGUGAAGGACCAAAGCCCGGCGUUACGAACGAUCAGACAAAAAAAAGACGGCUCGGGCUUGCAGACAGAUCCCGGUGCUUCUGAAAACAGCCGACUGGCCACAAAGCUGACUCAUCUCCCUGCCUCUGCGCAAGAAUUAAGCAGGAAACCGCCUGAAAAAUUAUCAGGUGACAGAAACUGAGAAAAGUGGCUUUGGUUCCGGCGUUGGGGCCUUGAGGUCUUGCAAGUUUGAGCACCCGAGGAACAGUAACUGAGCAGAUCUGUAUUAUUUAUUAACCUAGUCUAGCAAUACUUUCUUUAAGCAGAAUUAGAAAAUGACCGUGUUACUGUUCGUGGGAGUGAUCAUUUAUAAUAGCAUUUUUCUAAUGCUGCUGCGUAGUAGGACGGUUUUUAUUUCUAAGCUUUUUGAAGAUGUUUCUUGUUUUCCAAGGUGAUUUCUAACCCAGAAGAUAUUGAGUAAAUCGUUGAACAGUUAUGCUUCAUUUUUAGUGACUUGAUAAAAAGCACCUGGGAGAGCGCUCUAGCUCUGGUGUUUUAAUUGGAUGAUCUAUAAAGAAAUUUGUAAUGAGGAUGUUAAUGGUACUCAUUAAGCACGUCCUUUAAUCUUUUACUGGGAAGCCAGUGCAAAAACUUUAGUUAUCCUAAAAGUAUCUUCCUAAGAGAUGAAGAAAAAAGGAUUUAUAAUGGGAAAUUCCUAACUAAGACAUUGUUGGGGUGGAAUAUUAGGUAAGUUAGGAGGUGUUUAUUUUAACUUUGAAAUUUUUGAAAGUUGAUAUUGCAGUUGUUACGUUUAUUUUUUUUUUACCAGAAUCAUAAGGGAAUGGGCAGGUUUAGAAUAAAACCUGAAAAUCAAGGAAAAUAAAACAUUUCUUAUAUGAAAUAUCAAAUAAACUUUGUCAGUUUCCUGGCCAAGUAGGACACAUCCAAAUGAUACAAUUUUUGUGUAUCACUAUUGGAUUGGGCUUAAGUAACUGAGGUUGAGUUGUGAACCCGAAAUCUUCACUGACCUACCAUAGUUGGAGUUGCUACAACUUACAGUUUCAAGAAAUGAAAGGCAGUUUUAACUGUUGUCUAAACUGCUGACAGUUUUAAAUAUUUUUCCUGAUAUACUUACGUAUAUUGGGGAGGACAGGUUUGAGUUAAUUGCCUCAACUCCAGAAAAUUAGAAAGUGUAUUGAAAAGCUCAGUGCAGUUGAUUUCUUAAAAAUCUGGGUGGUUUACAGUUUAUCAAUUUAAAGAAUUUUUACCAUUGUGGAAAAAUCAAGGGCUACAGCUGAUGGUCAGUAAGUAUAAGCCUCUCGUUUUCAGUAGUCUGUAGCAUAGGGUAGUUGGGAAUGAAAGUUCUUUAGUGUGAACUUUUGUUUUGGAUGUUUAAUAAAAAUGAUUCGUUGAGUUUUAA